AUGUCCCUGGGAGACUUCCUAGGAGACCAAUCGCUGGGAUCAUGGGCUGAUGAGAUGGAGGAUGCGCCAAUGCCUGGUGCUAGCAGCCGUGCCGGCUACGGAGGCGACAGGCCCACCUUUGGCUCCGGUGGAGGAGGCUUUGGUGCUGAUCGCGCCGGCAGCUUUGCCGACCGUGGAUUUGCUACUCGCGAGGCGCUUCCCCUCCCCUCGAAGCCCCCGUACACUGCCCACUUGGGUAACCUCUCCUUUGACGCCACCGAGGGUGAUGUGAAUGACUUCUUCGCCGACUGUGAGGUCACCAAUGUGCGCAUUGUCGAGGACAAGCUGGACCGGAAGCCCAAAGGUUUCGGAUAUGUCGAAUUUGGUAGCGUUGAGGGGCUGAAGAAGGCUCUUGACUUGUCGGGCACACCUUUCCAGGGUAGAAAUAUUCGUGUUAGUGUCGCCGAACCACCCAAGGACCGCCCAGAAGCCCGAGACAUCUCGGACUGGACCCGAAAGGGACCCCUCCCCGACUUGCCCGGCCAACGCAGCAGCUCUGGACGCGGUGGCUUUGGAGCGGGCCGUGACCGCGGCUUUGAUGCAGGAUCAGACGCCGGCAGCGAGCGUGGCGGUGAACGUCGCCGCCCACCUCCAUUUGAGGGCGAUGGCAAGUCACGCGACUUUGGCAACUGGGAGCGCCGAGGACCUCUCUCACCAGCUCCCGCAGCCGCUCCUAGUGAGGGUGGCCGCAUGCGAGGAGGCUUCGAAGGAGGUCCCCGUGAGGGCCGCAGACAGUCCCCAGCUUGGGGUGAGGGUCAAGGUACCGAAGGCUCUCGUGGGCCACGUCGCGAGUUCCAGGAGAGGCCGCAGUUUGAGAGAGCACCUACCGCUGCUGACACCGACAACCAAUGGCGGUCCAAGAUGCGCCCUGACGCUCCGGUCAAGUCACCCACAUCCACACCUGAUGCCAGUGUACCAUCAUCGCCGGCACCCCAACCUGCUGCCCCUGCCGGUCGCCCUCGGUUGAACCUGGCCAAGCGAACAGUUUCCGAGGCACCAGGCGCAGAGCCCGCUACCCCUUCAGACAAGCCCAACCCAUUCGGUGCCGCUCGUCCCAUCGACACUGCUGCCCGAGAAAAAGAGAUUGAGGAGAAGAGGCAAUUGGCCCUACGCCAGAAAAAGGAGGCAGAUGACAAGGCCCGUGAAGAGAAGAAGGCAAAAGAAGCUGCGGAAAAGACAGCACCCAAGGAUUCAGCGCAGCCAACGCCAACAAAGAAGGACGAGGACGGCGUGGAGGACAAGCCCAAAUCCAACUUUGAGAUUCUCCAGAGAGUAGACGAGGGCAACUCUGCUGGCCAAGAUGAGGAUGCCGAGGGCGAGAUUGUUCACGACAAGGACGUCAAGCCACAAGAGGUUGUACGCGACCCUCCAAAGUCCGAGGGCGGUUCAUGGAGGAGACAGUCUACCCAACCUGCCGCGCCUGAAGGUACCACCACCGAGGCCAUGGACGAUGACGGCUGGAGUACCGUCACAAAGCCCACCAAGAAUGUCAAGACCAACCGCCGCGGAGGUGGGGGAGCUCCAGCUCGCGCAAUUGCGUCUUAGGUAGGCGUCUCCUCUGGCUAGACUGGUCCUGCAUACCCUUCGGUCCUGUUCUAAAUCUGGGAUGAUCGCGACGCAUCUUCAUGGCGUAGUGGCGUCCUUUGUCUCUUUGGGCCUGCGCUGUUUGUUGCGGCUGUGUUUUAUUUGGCGGUCGUCCGAUAUUGCUGCAUUACUGCACCAUCAUCGUCUUUUGUCUUAUGGUUCGACGGCCCCGUUCAUGAGAUGCAAUCUGCAAGGCGUCCUGUGGCUGAUCACGAACCUUGGACGUUUCAUGAACUUCUUUAUUUAUGCCCGAUAAUGGACUCUGUCCCUGAC